AUGGAGGAUAAGAGUGGUGCUGGAAUUAGCUCAUCCACUGAAACGCUGAUAAAUGAGGGAACUGAUGGAAAGAAACGUGAUGAACAGCCAGUAAAUAUUAAGCAGCCAUCUUAUGCUUCUAAAGUCCAAAGUGGGAACACUAAGUGUCAGGUAAAUUUCCGUGCUCUUGAACCUGACAUUACACUAAAUGACGUUGAUAUUGUUCUACCAAAAAAAUCAGUAAGGGUGGUUCAAAACAGGUUUAUAAACACUCUAUAUGGAUACUUCUUGGGUAAGCGCCCUGCGUUUCCUGUCGUUGAACAUUAUGCCAAAACUUAUUGGAAGAAAUUCGGAAUCCAGCGCAUAAUGAUGAAUUCAAAAGGUUAUUUCUUUUUCAAGUUUGCAACUAAGGAAGGGAUGCAAAACAUGUUUGAAGGUGGUCCGUGGUUAGUCAGGAACUCCCCUAUUUUUCCUAAUGUAUGGGAGCCUAAUGCUGAACUGAAAAAGGAGGAUAUCAAAAGCUUGUCGGUUUGGAUUAAGAUCCAUAAUGUGCCUAUGAUUGCAUAUACAGAUGAUGGUCUUAGCCUACUAGCCACAAAGUUGGGGUCUCCUAAGCAACUAGAUUCAUAUACGUCUAAUAUGUGUAUCGAAUCCUGGGGGCGUAGUAGUUAUGCUAGAGCACUAAUUGAAAUAUCCGCUGAAAAAGACUUCAAAGAAGUGUAA